AUGGCGGAUCGCCGAAACCUGGAAGUAAGCGAAAGUUACAAGAUGAAAAUGCAAUGGAAUCUCCUAGAAAGAAGUUUGCCAAAGAAAUUACACAAAAUGCAUUUGAAUGCUCAGCUCCAUUUGACUGCCAUAACAAAGUCUAAACUGGCCAAACAGCAACCACUCCAGAAGCUACUAGCCAGUAAACUUGACAAAGAUGAGCAAGAGAGACAACUUGAAACACUUGAAACACGGUUUCUCUGCAAUAUAGAAAUUUCUACACCCAAGGCAGAUGCAGAGACCAUAGUUAAUCAUGUGAUUACAGAGCUGAGAGUUAAAGGCCUAGAUGUGUCAAAACUUGUUGGUGUUGGAACUGAUGGAGCCAGUGUCAUGACAGGGAGGAAAAAUGGAGUUAUUGUAAGGCUUAAAGAAUACAGUCCAGCUUUAGUAGGGAUUCACUGUGCUGCACACCGAUGUGCCCUUGCUGCCUCACAAGCAUCAAAAUGUAUUCCUCAACUGAAAAAAUACUCAGAUACAGUGGCAAACAUUUUCUUUUAUUUCAGUGGAUCUGCACUACGAUCAAAUAAGCUUAGAGAAAUCCAAAUGCUGCUUAACCUUCCUACACUGAAAUUUGCUCAAAUUCACUCUGUGAGAUGGUUAAGUCUUCAGAAAUCAGUUGAAAUUCUCUAUAGGACUUACCCUGCCCUUCUUAUAGCCCUAGAGCAUGAAGGAACUACCAACCCAGCUGCAAGGGGGAUUCAUGCAGAAGUUUCCCAGUACAAUUUUAUUGCAAUUACUCAUAUGCUGAUGGACAUUUUGCCUUUCCUGGGUAGAUUGAGCCGUAUUUUCCAAACCAAGGACUUGGACCUGAGUAAACUUAGACCAAUAGUGGAAAGUACCUGUGAAGCUCUACUCGAUUUCAAAGAGGCUCAAGGAAUUUAUGUAGAUAAACUGGAGGAAUUUAUUACUAUAGAUGGGGAUGAAGUUACGUACAAUCGACCUGACAGUGAAAGCAAAAAAUCAGUUGUUCAAGAGGCCAUUGACACCAAUAUUGAUGGGUUUGAUGGAUUUGAGAGCUCUGAUGAAGAAAUUGAGGCAGGACAUGAUGGAGUUCAAGUCAGAUUCUUUUCUCAACAGAAAAACAUUCUCAGAUCUAUCAUGCCACAAUAUGUAGACAAUAUAGUAAAAAAUUUGAAAGACAGAUUUCAAGAAAGUGGAUUAAUAGAAAAAAUGCAAGUGUUACAACCCCUUCACAUCACUUCAGCUCACAAAAAAGGAGAGUUAGCAAAAUUUGGAAAUGAGAGUGUAGCUGUUUUAGCUGAACAUUUUGCUAUCCAAGGAAUAGAAACGGAACAAGUGCCUAUGGAAUACAAACAGUGCAAAAGACUUGUCAUAGGCUCUUUCUCAACGUCUUCCUUGAGUGAAGUUUGUGAGAAACUUGGUUCAGAAUAUGAGGAUAUCCUGCCAAACCUCAUCAAACUUGUUCAAUGUUGCACACUGUUGCCAGUGAACAGUGCUACCUGUGAGAGGGGGUUUUCCACCCAAAAUCGCAUCAAAUCAAGAUUAAGAACAAACUUGAAUAAUAACUCAGUGAAUGACUUAAUGAGGAUUUCAGAGGAUGGUCCUUCAAUUGAAAACUUUGACUUUGCAAAGGCCCUGAAAAUCUGGAAAGAUGAGAAAAAGAGAAAACUUUUUCAAUCUUAA